UUAUUAACGAGUUAGAGGAAGGAGGAGGAGCGAGCGAGUCGGGCGCGGACCAAUCAGCGGCCACGAGGAAGCGAGGCCCAGCGGACGGGGCUCGGCCAACAGCGACAGAGCGCGCGGGGGUCGUGAGGAGGCGGCGUGAAGAGGCCGGAGGACAUUUCGCCGCCCCGUUGCCAUGGAGCCCGGUGAUCGGAGCGCGCUGCGGUACCGAGGCAAGGUGGCGAUCAUCACGGGAGGCACCGCUGGCAUCGGUCAGGGCACGGUCCGCGUGUUUGUUUCGCAAGGUGCCAAGGUUGUAUUUUGUGCAAAGGACGUCGGGGCAGGCAAUGCUUUGGAGGCCGAACUCAACAGUGUGGGCCCAGGCGAAGCCUUCUACGUGGCGUGUGACGUCACAAAAGAGGAGCAAAUAAAGAACCUGAUCGAUGUGACGGUUCAGAAAUACGGCCGCAUCGACUGCCUUGUGAACAACGCUGGCGUGCACCCACCUCCUCAGAAGACGGACGACGUCACAGCGGAGGAUUUUACUUCGCUUCUGAACUUGAACCUCGUCAGCUACUUCCUGGCUUCCAAGUACGCGCUGCCGCACCUGCGCAAGACGGAAGGGAACAUCGUCAACGUGGCGAGCCUGGUGGCCGUCAUUGGGCAGAACGACGCCGUGCCGUACGUCGCAACCAAGGGCGCGAUCACGGCCAUGACCAAGGCGAUGGCGGUGGACGAGAGUCGCUACAACGUGCGCGUCAACAGCAUUUCGCCGGGGAAUAUCUGGACCCCGAUGUGGCAGGAGUUCGCCAAUGGAACUGACAACCCAGAGGCGACCGUUAAAGGUGGAGAGAAUGCGCAGCUGCUGGGACGCAUGGGCACCACGGAGGAGAGUGGCAAGGUGGCGCUGUUCCUGGCGGCAGACGCCACCUUCUGCACGGGCAUCGACCUGCUGCUGACGGCCGGUGCCGAGCUCAACUACGCGCGCAAGAAUCAGCGGGAGCCCCGCUCCAGCAACUACGACUGAUGGGUUUUCAAUGGUGGCACCAUGGUGGCUAGGAUAUGUUAACUACCUCGCCUGGUAUACAGGAGGUCGUGGGUUCGAUCCCGGCCCUGACGCCUGCUGAAUAUUUGGAGUUUUCG